UUUUGUUCCUCUCAAGAUGCAGAUCUUCGUGAAGACUCUCACAGGCAAGACAAUCACCCUCGAGGUGGAAAGCUCUGAUACCAUCGAUAACGUUAAGGCUAAAAUCCAGGGCAAGGACGAUAUCUCACCGGAUCAGCAAAGGUUGAUUUUUGCUGGCAAACAGCUUGAGGAUGGUCAUACCCUUGCCGACUACAACAUUCAAAAGGAGUCAACCCUACAUCUUGUUCUCCGUCUACGGGGAGGGAUGCAAAUCUUUGUUAAAACUCUUACCAGCAAGACUAUCAGCCUCGAGGUGGAAAGCUCUGACACCAUCGACAACGUGAAAGCAAAGAUCCAGGAUAAGGAGGGCAUUACUCCAAAUCAACAGAGACUAAUCUUUGUUGGCAAGCAGUUGGAGGAUGGUCGCACCCUUGUUGAUUACAACAUACAGGAGUCCACUCUUCAUCUUGUCCUCCGCCAAAGGGGUGGGAUGCAGAUCUUUGUGAAGACUCUCACCGGUAAGACUAUCACCCUAGAGGUUGAAAGCUCAGACACCAUCGACAAAGUGAAGGCCAAAAUUCAAGAUAAAGAGGGCAUCCCUCCAGAUCAGCAAAGGUUGAUCUUCGCCGGCAAGCAGCUGGAGGAUGGUCGUACCCUUGCAGACUACAACAUCCAGAAGGAGUUUACACUCCACCUUGUUCUCCGUCUGAGGGGAGGGAUGCAGAUCUUCGUGAAGACUCUUACUGGGAAGAACAUUACCUUGGAGGUUGAGAGCUCGGACACCAUCGAUAACGUGAAAGCCAAGAUCCAAGUCAAGGAGGGCAUCCCUCCGAACCAGCAGAGGCUUAUCUUUGUCGGAAAGCAACUUGAGGAUCGGCGCACUCUGGCGGACUACAACAUCCAGAAGAAGUCGAUCCUUCACCUAGUCCUCCGCCUUCGCGGUGGGAUGCAGAUAUUUGUGAAAACUCUAACUGGAAAAACUAUUACCUUGGAGGUGGAGAGCUCGGACACAUUUGACAACUUGAAGGCGAAGAUCCAGGACAAGGAAGGGAUUCCACCGGACCAGCAGAGGCUUAUCUUUGUCGGUAAGCAGCUUGAGGACGGUCGCACCCUUGCGGACUCCAGAAAGAGUCCACGCUCCACCUCGUUCUCUGCCUUCGUGGUGGGUUCUGAUUGUUUCUUUUGUGGUCAUCGUUUCCUGAGCUCUGCUCGUGGGUGAUUGUUGUCCAAGACU